GACCUUUCGACAGCCGAAUGAUUGACAGGCUUAUUAACCAAUCAGAUUACAGCAUAGUUCUGGACAACACACAGUCCGUUUCUAUCCGCCAUUUUGUCCGUCAAACUCGCCGUUGACGGGCACACAAGCUCUUACGCUAUUCUGUGUUUUAAACAAAGAAAAUGGUUAAAAGGUGCUGUUAUGGCACUUGUAAUUCAGACACAAGGUAUCCAGAACGGUUAAUAGAUGGAACUACGUUUAUUCCAUUUCCUAAACCGGGUACAAGUCUUGAAAAAUGCAAACGUUGGAUUCGUCUUUGUGGUCGUCCACACGAACAGCUUAAUCUCGAAAUAUUAAGCGAUCGCCCGAAAGCAAAACACGUCUACGUUUGUUCUAAGCAUUUUGACAAGGAAAAUCCAGAUCCAAGGCCAGCUACAUCCUAUGAGAUGCUGACUCCAGUCAGACCACCACCAAAAAUCAGGCCAUUAUCGGAGCCUCCAAGAAAGAAAGCCAGGACUGUACUUACUCAAUCUUUCAGUUCAAACGAAAUGAUACAUGUAUCACCACAGACACCUAUAGUUACUGAAACAGUGAGAUCUGAGAUCCAGGAGCCGCCAACGAAUGAGAAGUCGACUGAAAGUUUAGGUAUGAACAUGCUGGCCUUGGCUGCUGAGAAUGAGCAACUUAAACGACAUUUGGCCAAAUUGAUACUAGACAAGGAGAACAUUCUUCGAAAGGAACAAGACAGCACGUCCAGUCAGGAACCAGCAGUUACCUCCACAAAUAUUGCUCCAACAUUCAGUUGUGAGUCAUUGAGAAAAAACACUAAAUAUGAUGAGUUUAUAUAUUACACCGGCCUUAAUCAUAGUCAAUUUGAGGCAUUUAUGAAAUUCAUUUUACCUGUGGAGAAGCCAUUUUCAAUGAAGAAAAACCUGACAUGCCUCAAAACAUUCAAAAUGGAAGAUCAACUUUUAAUGGUUUUAAUAAAGCUCAGACAAAACUUUGACUUCAAGCAUAUCGGAAAACUGUUUGGCAUUUCCAUGCAAGAUGCAAGCUAUAUAUUCAAUAACUGGAUUCAGUAUAUGUUUCACCGUUGUGGAUCUGUACCAAUAUGGCCACAUCGAAAUACAAUAAUUGCCAACAUGCCUCCUAGGUACAGAGAGGAGUUCCCAACAACGUUGGUAAUCAUAGAUGGCACUGAACUUCGAAUUCAAAAACCAAGUUCAUUGACCAGACAAAGUCAAUGCUACUCAGAUUACAAAUCAUGUAAUACUCUGAAAGGACUGGUGGGCAUAGAUCCACGUGGAUCAAUAAUUUUUUCAUCAAUGCUAUUCGCUGGUUCCAUCUCUGAUAAAGAACUUACAGCUCAAAGUGGGUUUUUAGACCAGUUAAAAGCACUCAUGAAGUGUGGAAAAAUUCACGAGGGUGAUGGAGUGAUGGUGGACAAAGGCUUCAAGAUAAAAGAUGAGUUGGAUGGACUUGGCCUUAACUUAAACAUUCCACCAUUUGCAACUUCUGGGUUGCAAAUGAGUCAGGCAGACAUUGCAGCUACUGAGAAAAUUGCUCGUCAUCGUGUACAUGUAGAGAGAGCCAUUGCAAGAGUAAAAAACUUUAAAAUUUUGUCAAAUAGGAUUGAUCUUAGUUUGUUUGCCACGAUUGAUCAGAUAUGGUUUGUGUCUUGCUUUAUAACAAAUUUUAUGGGUUUUUUGAUUAAGUAGAUCUAAUGAAUCGACCAUGAAAUUUAUUAUAAUAGAGUUCUUUAGUUAAAUGUCAAUGUGGUGGUACUAUAACCUUGAACUUACAUGGUAAGCAAGUCCACUGCCAACAACUUGAUUUCCAAGUGGAGUCUCAACAGUUGGAGUAUUCUCAUCAAUUUCUUCCACUAAGUAAGAGAUUGGGCUGCUUGUCAAUAGCUGCAGAUCUUGAAUGUGGUCAUUCAUUAAUUUGACUUUUCUGAAAAUAUAAUUCAAUUUAUUAUAUGCUAGGCAGUGAAAUCUCAAAAAUACCUGUGAAAUAAAUUCUUAUUAAUUGCUGUAUAAUUGUUUGGAGCAGCUGAAAAUAUUCAGUUGUUUCUAGAUCAUGACAUGUCAAUGUUUGUAACUGAAUGUAAAUACAUGACAAAUUAUGUAGGAAUUUUAAAACUUUUAUAUGUAAACAAGUGUAACUUGAUAUAAAUAAAUGACUAAUUAUU